AUGGAUGGCGCUCUCACUGCCAUGGAAAUACAAGAAUACGCGCGGAUCAUGUUUCCGGACUUGCCUCCCGAUCAAGCCGUCCGCCGAUUUUACCGCACCGCCUACGAAUGCAUACCUGAAUGUAUCCGCUCACAGCUACCAGAGAUUGGGGCGGCAGUUGGUGGUUACUAUAGUUCUCAGGGCCUGGUCUUUGCCAGUCAAAUUGCUAGUUUGGUUGGCUGGGGAAGGGAUUCAACACAGGACAACACAACGAACGAACAGCUAUCAAAUAUCCUCAACCAGAUGCGCAGCCAGACUGAGGUUCUGAAUAACAUUCAAAACCAACUAAAGAACUAUCAACGACCGGAAAAAUUUGGCCAGCUAGCUGCAUUUUCCAUUUCCGCUGCCGCUGUCUAUCAGAUAAAAAGACUGGCGGAUCAAACCCAACGUGUGGCUGGCUCUCUGCAGAAUAUCGAACGGCUUUUGAGCUCAGAGCACGUCCGCGGCCAACACUUUCCCAAAUAUGUCCAUUCGUAUAUACGGUUGCUAAUUGAAAGACACAUGUCCGAAACUACCCCUCACUACUUUACCGUCUUCCACCAUAGUGAUCUUUGGCACCCCGAUUUUGCUGAUAUGGGGCGUGGAGAUCCUUUGGGGCCGUCAUAUCUCGGACACAGAACGGACCUUGACGAGCUUUGCGCAUUUCUAGCAGAGGAAGUACGCCCUCGAGUUGGGCCAGAGUCUAUCUUACACAUUUUGAUGCCUUCAGUUGGUCCUUUAUCUCUUGAAGAGGCUGUCAAGUUUCCAGAGGCCAUGCGUCCGUUCAAGGUUGAUGGGCAGAUCGGCGAUGGCGGCAUACCAUUUGUGUAUAUCUGUGCCCCAGAGGCAAGAGAUCAGAAAUGCUUAAGUGGCAUUGGAGUUCUAAAGCAAAGAGAGAUUUGGAUUUUGGAGGGAGAGAUAGGGAUUCCCUCAACACCACUGUAUAAACCUUUUGUCCAGUAUGUUAUCGACCCUACAUUUACGGUCAGAACGGAGGUGGACUUGGUACUCGCCGGCGGGGAGUACCAUAGGUUUGGGCUGGGGCCUCCAAGGACUUUGGGCGAGCGUUUGGUACGGCCAUGGGCCUGA